AUGGCUCCUCCCAAACCUCCUAACCCUUCUUCUAAAGAAAUUUUAGAGGAAGCUAUUCAAAUCUCCACACAACACCUCAAUAAUGCAAUGCAAGAGACUCAAGAACAAAUGGACGAACGAUUUGCUCGGAUCUCUUCCGAGCUAUCUACCCUUCAAACACGAUUCGACAAUGAUAAAUCUCUUGAGGAUUCUCGGUUUGAAUCUCUAAUGGCUGCCAUCACCAAAAUCUCUCUUCAAAGAGAAUUACAAAGGGAGUUACAACAAACAGCUGCUGCAACUUCUGCUACUGUUCACGCGUCAGCCAGCCCUAGCGGUACUGUUCACGGAUCUGCUCAUCCCCCUGUUACUGUUCACGGAACAGCCAGCCACUCAGGUAUGGUUGUUAAUCCAUCUUUUAACCCUAGAGUAACAGCCCCUUUCCCUUUUAUUUCCUCCCCAUCAUCCACCCCCAUUCGUAACUCUGCCCAUUUCUCUACCACAAAUCCUCAACCUACACCCAUGAGACAGUAUCAGCCUCAACCUUUCCCUUCCUACCCACCCAUCCCAACUGUUUUAUCAACCACCCAACCCCACACCAUCCCUUUUUCACAUCAGAUUCCUUUUUCCCACAUUCCCCAACAACUUUCUUAUCCAAAUCUUUCCAAUAUUCCUCCCUUACCACCCCCUCGUAGUCCCAAACUUGAACUCCCCAUGUUUGAUGGUUCGGAACCACUUGAUUGGUUAUUUCAAGCGGAGCAAUAUUUUAAUUUUUACAAUUUACCCCCUGAAAAUAGGUUGUCAUUAAUUUCAUUUUAUAUGAAGGGUGAUGCCUUGUCUUGGUUUAAAUGGAUGUACCAAAGUCAUUUAUUAAGUGAUUGGUUCUCUUUCAUCAAAGCCUUGGAAUUACGUUUUGGGCCUUCUACUUUUGAGAACCAUCAGGCUGAAUUAUUCAAAUUAAAACAAGAAGGUUCAGUAGUGGACUAUCAAACCAAAUUUGAGAAACUAGGAAAUCAGGUUGUUGGUUUAUCUCCGGAUGCUAUAUUAAAUUGUUUUAUUUCUGGUUUGACUACGGAGAUUCGCAAUGAAAUGGCCAUUCAUAAACCUACCAGCAUAUCUCAAGCUAUUGGUUUAGCUAAACUGAUAGAAUCUAAAUUGAAAGAGGCAAAAUCAAAGUUCAUUAAACCCUUUACCAAUAACUACCCUAGAGUUGCUGCCCAUCAACCUACCACACAGCCCAAACCACAACCAAAUCCAGCCCCAUCAAGACUACCCAUCAAAAAACUCUCCCAAGCCCAAAUUCAAGAGCGUAGAGCCCAAGGUUUAUGCUUUAAUUGUGAUGAAAAGUUUGUGAUUGGACAUAAAUGCUCCACUAGCAGAUUUUUGAUACUUAUGGCUGAGGAAGAUUCUAUGAUUGAUCCUCUUCUUGAGGAUGGAAAUGUGGAAACAGCAGCAGAACUUAGCUUAGAUGAUACUUAUUUUCACCUAUCAACUCAGGCAGUGACUGGACAAUUUUCCCCCCAGACCCUCAAAUUUAAAGGGUCAAUCAAUGGACUUUCGGUAAUGGUCCUGGUCGACACAGGCAGUACACAUAACAUCAUGCAGCCCAGAAUUGCACAACACUUGAACCUCACUUCAACGCCAAUCACUCAAUUUACUGUCAUGGUGGGCAAUGGUUCUCACUUACACUGCGAGGGAAUUUGCAAUAAUGUUCCACUUGUCCUUCAAAAGACAACCUUCAAAUUACCCUUUUACCUUUUGCCUAUAGAAGGAGCUGAUGUCGUUCUCGGCAUGGCAUGGUUAAGGACUUUGGGUCCUAUACAAGCCGAUUUCUCUAUCCCAUCCUUAACUUUUACCCAUGAGACACACCAUAUCACACUUAAAGGUGAUUCUAACACACACCCUAUCCCUACAACUUUUCACCAGCUCAAACAUCUCAUUCACACUAAUUCACCAAUUGAUGGCCUUCCCCCACCCAGACCCCACGAUCACCACAUUCCUCUUCUCCCAAAUACACCACCCAUAAAUGUUAAGCCAUAUAGAUACCCACACUCACAAAAAACAGCCAUGACAUCAAUUAUCAAGGAUAUGUUGAAAGAGGGAACCAUUAAACCCAGCCACAGCCCUUUUUCCUCCCCUGUUUUACUAGUAAAAAAAAAAGAUGGUUCUUGGAGAUUUUGUGUUGACUAUCGUGCUUUAAACGCAGUGACUAUAAAAGACCGUUUUCCCAUCCCAACUAUUGAUGAACUUCUUGAUGAGUUAGGCAAUGCCAAAUUUUUUUCCAAGUUAGACUUACGCUCUGGCUACCACCAGAUCCGUGUUGCAUCGGAGGACACGCAUAAGACUGCUUUUCGGACUUUCGACGGUCAUUACGAGUUUCUCGUAAUGCCCUUUGGGCUCACUAACGCCCCUUCCACGUUUCAAUCAGCUAUGAACGAUUUACUCAGACCUUACCUACGUAAAUUUGUUUUAGUGUUCUUUGACGACAUUUUAAUUUACAGUGUUAAUUUCAGUGAUCAUCUACAUCAUUUGCAGGUUGUUUUUGACUUGUUACAGUCACAUACUUUUGUUGUCAAAUUACCCAAGUGUGUUUUUGCAGUUAAUCAAGUUCAUUAUCUAGGCCAUGUUAUUUCGGUGGGAGGUGUUGCUCUAGAUCCAGAAAAGGUGCAGGCAAUGUUGGAUUGGCCUACACCUCGUUCUCUCACGUCUCUCCGGGGUUUUUUAGGCCUCACCGGUUUCUAUCGUCGAUUUGUCAAGAACUACGCCACACUCGCCGCUCCCCUCACCGAUUUGCUACGUUCCACUAAAUUUAUAUGGAGUACAGAGGCGGCCGAAGCCUUUACAGAGUUACAGAAGAAGAUGACCGACAUGCCGGUCCUGGCGUUACCAGACUUUACAAAAAAAUUCAUUAUUGAGACAGAUGCUUCUGGAGUUGCUAUCGGUGCAGUGCUUUCCCAAGAUGGUCAUCCCAUUGCUUUCUUCAGCAGGAAAAUGUGUCCUCGCAUGCAAGCGGCAUCCGUUUAUGUGCGUGAAAUGUUUGCUGUGACAGAAGCAGUAAAGAAGUGGCGUCAAUACCUCAUAGGACAACAAUUCCAUAUUUACACAGAUCAAAAGAGUUUAAGAAAUCUGUUGCUUCAAAGGAUUCAAACACCCGAGCAACAGAAGUGGGCAUCCAAAUUACAAGGCUUUAAUUUUGAAAUCUUUUACAAACCUGGCAAAUCGAAUUUAGUAGCUGAUGCUUUGAGCAGAAAAUUUCACUCGGAUGAUUCAUUGUUGCUGAGUCUGUCUUCCCCAAUCCCAGAUUUCAUCAACACACUUCGGCAGUUCUACAUGACGGACAGAGCAGGUCAAGCAUUAGUAUCAACUUUAACAGAUGAGAAAGAAGUUCACAGAUUUUACAAGUUCUCUAACGGUUUACUAUAUUACAAAGAUAAACUUUUCAUACCUGACAUAGCUCAACUGCGCCUUAGCAUUCUCAAGGAGUAUCAUAACACACCGACAGCAGGGCAUUCUGGAGUUAAGGCAACCCUGGCUCGCAUCUCCGCAGCGUUCUCAUGGCCAGGCAUCUCAACGGACGUGAAACACCUCGUAAAGUAUUGCACCAAUUGUCAGCAUAACAAAUAUCAGACUCAGAAAAAAAUAGGGUUGCUACAACCACUCCCAGUACCUAAGCAAGUCUGGGAAGAACUCACAAUGGAUUUUAUAACUCACUUACCCAAUUCGUUUGGUCACACAGUUAUCUGGGUCAUCUGUGAUCGUCUUACAAAGUUUUCUCACUUCCUUGCUCUCCCCACCAAGUUUACAGCCAAAGAUCUUGCGAUGCGGUUCUCGGUUGAAGUAGCACGACUUCAUGGAACUCCAAAAUCUAUCAUCUCAGACCGUGAUCCUUUGUUCCUCAGCAACUUCUGGCGAGAGUUUUUCAAAAUCCAAGGAACUACCCUGAAAUAUAGCACAGCAUAUCACCCCGAGACCGAUGGUCAAACAGAAGUAGUGAACAGAUCUGUGGGUACUUACCUUCGGUGUUUUACGAGUGAACAACCCCGCAAAUGGUAUAAGUUUCUCCACCUUGCUGAGUACUGGUUCAACACGUCCUUUCACUCGGCUAUCCAGAUGACGCCCUUCAAAGCCUUGUAUGGUCGGGAUCCGCCAAACAUUCCAGAUUAUUUGUGUGACAUAGUGACCGACACCUCCUUGAGGGAUUCUCUGCAAGAACGUAACACCAUCGUGACACAGUUAAAAGCGAACAUACAGAAAAGCCAGGUUCAAAUGGAAAAGCAAGCCAACUUGAAAAGGAGAGAUUUCACCUUUCAUCCGGGUGACUUGGUGUUGUUACGUUUACAUCCCUACAGACAGCAAACUGUUAGUCGGAGGAACUCACAAAAACUCGCAAAGCGUUUUUAUGGACCAUACCAAAUCAUAAAAAAAGUGGGUGAAGUUGCUUACAUGUUAGAUCUUCCCUCGUCCUCAAGAAUCCAUCCAGUUGUGCAUGUUUCUCUGCUUCGGCCAUAUUUUAGUGAAGGUGGAAAUCAAGAGUUUCGGCCAUUGCCUUUUGAUAUGGAUCUACGUUGCUUGAAUGAAGAAGAAGAAAAUAGUUUACAGACACAAAGAGAGAGAGAACUGAAGGGUUUGGAAGUUUUAGGUGCAAAUGAAACUACUUCAUCUAAGUACACAGAUAGCACUAAUAAGACUUUAAGUGAUAAGUUUAUUCUUCCCAACAACUCUGCCUCUUCACGUGCUAAAGGAGGUUCAGAAAUUGUGAGUUCCAACAUAAGCACAGCUGGCGCCGCACCUACUGCACCUCUCCACACAACACGUGUCCAGGGGCCCCAGGUUUUUAAGACGUUUCACCCACCCCAACACGCAAAACGUUCACGUGAUUUAGAGUCUGUUGUUGACUCUACCUUGCUGCCAGCCUCACACGCCGAAUAUCCAGCUGUUCUCCACUCUCCUUCACGAAACCCCAUUUCUUCCUUCUCCCAAGGCUUCACGCGGUCCCACUUUUCCCCAACGGUCUCAAAUCUGAAGGAUCCUGUUUCUCCUUCCUCCAUUCAGUCCAGCCCAUGCGGCCCAAUUCCUAAGUUGGCUACAGAUCAACUCACUAUGAACCUUGAGGACAAGGUUCUUUUGGACCCAUUGAGUAUUGUUAGGAAACGGCCCAUUAGGAACAAGAAGCCCUCAGUUUUACUUAAAGACUUUUAUUGUUAA